AUGGCCCCCCAACGCUCGCUGCUGCAGUAUCUCUGCAGCGUCCUGCUGCUCGUCGGCGCUGCCAGCGCUCUCAAGUUCGACCUGAUCGCAACCGCCGAGGGCUCUAAGAAGGAGCGCUGCAUCCGCAACUUUGUCGGCAAGGACACACUUGUGGUGGUGACGGCGACCAUUGAUGGAUUCAAGGGCGAUGGCAUGAUGGUGAACCUCUAUAUUCGCGAUGCCGUUGGCAACGAGUACGGUCGCCCCAAGGAUGUUGUUGGCGAGUCGAGAACCGUCUUCACCUCGCACGCCGACGCUGCCUUUGACGUUUGUUUCGAGAAUGUCUUUACUGGCUCCAAGCGAAUCAACAACCCUACCCGCCACAUCGAGCUCGACAUUGACAUUGGUGCCGACGCCAAGGACUGGUCCGCCAUCCAGGCCACCGAGAAGCUCAAGCCCCUCGAGGCCGAGCUCCGCCGCAUCGAGGAGAUCACGACCGAGCUUGUCAACGAGAUGGAGUACCUCCGCGCCCGAGAGCAGAAGCUGCGAGACACCAACGAGAGCACCAACAACCGAGUCAAGUGGUUCGGCGUCGCCACCACCUGGCUGCUCAUCGGCCUCUGGGCGUGGCAGAUCAUGUACCUCCGCGCCUACUUCCGGUCAAAGCAUCUGAUCUAG